AUGGCGGACCGCUACAAGCUCAUUUACACCGUGCCAGCUUCCCACUUGGUCGCUACCAAAGACGCCAUCUUCGAAACGGGUGCCGGUGUCUAUGACCAGGGCAAGUAUGUUCAAGUGGCCUUCGAACUUACCGGCCAAGGCCAAUUCAGGCCCGUAGCGGCAGCUGGGGCAGACCCUCACACAGGCGCAGUGGACCAGCUUGAGCGAGUCCUAGAGUAUCGAGUCGAAAUCCUAUGCUCUGACAGAAAUGUUGCGAAAGCCGCUGUGGCAGCUCUCAAAAGCGCACACCCUUACGAAACCCCGGCCUAUGAAGUUUACAAGCUGGAGAACAUUUGA